UAAAGACCUAAAUGUAUCUAAGUAGCAAUAACGAAUAUUUCAUACUUGUAGCUGCUACUAUAUAACGAUGGCAUUAAUUAUUUGAUUUAUAGUAUUAUUAUUGGAAUACAAGCAAUGUGGAAUACAACCAAAUUAAUUUUUUAAUGGGUGAUUUUUGACAUGUGAGAAAAUAUGGAGUCAGAUGAGUCCUCUCAACAAACAAAUGAUUCAAAUGACAAUACGUUGUGCAAUCGACAAGUAUGGAGUUUUAUGAAUACAACAAUCAUAACUUUAUUAUCAAACAUUGGUGGUAGCAAGUCAACAAUAGCUGAGGAUACCAGUUUUUAUGCACUUUUUGAUUUAUUGUUAAGUAAAAAGAAUGAGUUAGAUAUUCUAGCCCCACGUAUAAUAAAUAAUUUUGUAUCUAAAAAUGUACAGCAAAGUUAUACAGCUUUCACAACAUGGCUUUUUGGAGUAAUGGUUUACUUAACAAAUCUUCUUAUUAACAAUACAAAUAAUACUUUGUUGAAAAAAGCAAUUGAAGUACAAGUAUUGAUGGUUAGAUUUUUAUCUCGUUUGAAUGUAGAAAUUCAUGAGAAAAUAACUUCUGAAUAUUUAGAUAUACUUGGUGAGUUGAUGCUCUUUAAUGAUGAAACAAAGGAUACAAAAGAAAUAAAGCUAAUUAAAUUUCAAGCUGAUCAAAAUGCCUUAGAUUAUUUGAAUUUAACACCAUUAACAGUUAUUGUUGAGCAUGAGGAUAUUGUACUAUUUCAGGAUUCAAUUUUAAAGAUUAUAAUUGAGACUGAUGUGUCAGUCUGGCCACAGAAAAGACUAAAAAAAGAAGUUUUUGAUAUUUUAGUUUACUCUCAGCCUAAAACAAAAAUAACUGCAUUAAAAGUUGGUGUUGAAAUGUUCAAUUCCUAUUUACUAAAUGAUAAUGAUAUACAAAAAAUAAUGCUUUAUGCAACUGAAAUUGUUAAGUCAUUAUUUGAGUGGAAAAGAAAAGGAUUGAUCCUCCUUGGAGCAUUGCAAGAAAAUUCUUCAAUUUUUGAACAACUAGUAACAUUUGUUGAUGAUCCAACAUAUAUCAAUUUCUACUUUGAAAUAUUUGCUACUUUGGCGAAUCAUACUUUAAGAUCUGAUAAGCUUGAAACAGAAAUAUGUAACAAAAUUGAAUAUCAUAUGAAUCAAUUUUCAUGCUCAGAUGUAAAUACUGAAGUUAACAAAUUCUUCAGUUAUUUUGAUAAAGCUAUUGACUUCAAGAAGAUUAUAACAAGUUUUAUUAUGUACGAGUUUGAAAGUCAAAGAUUUGAUGAUCCUUCAAUUGAUUUGUCCCAAAUAAGUAAAGUAUGGGCUACUCUAAAGAAGUUCAUGUCUAGAAAUUUAGAAAUGGAAAAGUAUAAAGAAACUCUUAAGCUUCUUCAAUUAGCUAAUUGGAUAGAUUUUCGAUUUUCCCAUAAAAAUAUUACAGUGAAUUUAUUAGAUACUGAUGUAAGAAGUAUACAGUCUGCAUUUUUAAAAGGUUUGGAUUCUAAUAAUUAUCGACAGAACAAAUUAAUUUUCGAGUGUUUUUCUCAAUUAAUUUCUCUAAGAGAAAUCAACAAAGAUCAAAUUCAAAGCAUAUUAAUGUUGCCAUGGCUUGAUAUUAGCCUGAUACCACCUGGAGUAACAAAAACUCACCUCGCAAAUGCAAAGUCAUUAGAUUUUGCAACAAAAGUUAAAUGUGUGAAUUCUUUGAGCAGAUAUGGUAAAGGAAAACAACGUAUAGAAAUAUUAAACAUGUGUUUAUCUAGUUGUGAAAUUGAAUUAGGAGUUUCUAGUGUUUUAAAUUGUUCAAUGUUGCUAUUGGAUAAUACUGUUAAUUUCAAUGAUAUUGUGGAACAAAUUUUAAUACCCGCAUAUAAUACACAAAAAGUUGGUUUUCAUGACGUUCUUUCUAAUAUCCUUGGUCAGUUGGCUUGCAUUAUUUCAGGAGAUGGAAUAAUAACUAGAGAUUCAACAGAUUUUGAAUUAUGGAAGGUAGUCUGCAAAUGUUGUGACAAUCUUCAAACUCAAAAAGGCUCUCCUAGUAAAAUUUCUUUAAAGCAUGAAGCUUUGAUGCUUCCCUUUUUUGAAUUAUUAAAUUCUGCAUCAAAUAAAGUGCGGCUUAAUAUGUCAAAGAAUCUACUUAGAUUUUCAAAUCACGUUAAAUGCUUUAAUAGUAAUUCAUUAGCACGAAAAUGGAUAUUGUAUGUUGAAGAUGAUAAUGAUGAAAUUAGAAAAAAUUUUAGUGAUGCAAUUGGGUUGAUUUUGACUAAUCGUAUCGAUUCUUCAUUGCCAAAUAAGUUGUUUCAAGAUGAUAUACCACCAUCAUUAACAGAAUUUAUUAAUAUAAUUAUGAAUAAACUUAUUACUGUACUGAAUGAAAUAUUGACGAAUUAUAAUCAGUCACUCCACCAAAGUCUACUGAUGACUGCUAAAAAUGCAGCUUGUAUACAAUCAAAUCUGACCGAAAGAAGAGCCUUAAAUAUUUUUAUAUUAACUAUUGUACAUGUAAAAUCGUCACCACUGGCUAUUGCAUUAGCUACUGAUGCAUUCGGGGAAGUCGCAAUUUAUCAUAAAGUUUCUGCAAAAAUGAUGUAUACUCGUUAUAAAAAAGACUUUAUGAGAUUAAUGAUGACAAUAGCUGUGCACAACAGAAUAAAUUAUGACUAUAAUAUGUCAACCACAAUACACAGAGUUGCAAAGUGUUUAGGAUUUCAAGGAUCUCGACAAUUAUUGCGUAGAGAUGGGCAUCAUGCCGUUAGUUUUCUAUUACCUCAAAUAAUUAAAUUUCGCAAAGCUAUCACCUUGUUUCACGAUAUCGCUGAAUUAACUAAUUCGGCUGAGAAAGACAUGUUUAAGGCUUAUUUUAAGCACAUAUGCUGUCAAGUUUUUUUAUUUGAAAACAUUGAAGAUGGUGUUCAAAUCUUUAAACUAGUUUCCGACAUCACUGAGACUAGUAUACCUGUUAUGACGGCACAUGAAUUUUCUUUUAUAGUUACUGAAAUGAUGUUGCACUUUCAUUCUCAAAAGGAAAAAGUUUUGAAGCAUUUGGAGUUUCUAUCAAAAUAUGAUAGUCAACAAAAUCCCAAUUUUAAAACGCAAGACGGAAUGGUGCAAUAUUUGAAUGUAAUUUUGCACGCCAUACUAGUCCAUAUUGACCAAAAUUUGAAUCCUAAUAAUGAAGAAAUUAUACAACAAUAUGCAUUAGCAUCACUUGCUGAAAUAAUUCGCUUCAUGGGACCGAAUUACAUCACUCAGUAUAGAUACAAAAUUUUGGCAACUUUGAGAACAGCUCUUACCUUUACCAGGCCUGGUUUCAGAAAAUUAGCUUGUGAUGCGUGGGAUGCAUUUAUUCGAAACACAACCUUUAAAGAACUAGGACCAUUAUUAGCUACAAUAUGUAUGUCAUUGGUUCCACUGUUUGAAACUUACGCCAAAGAAACUAAUUCAAUACUUGAUUAUCUUCUCAUUAAAAAUAAAGAUGCUUUGAAAGAGCAUUUAUCCGAUUUAUUUUUUAUCAACGAUUUGAAAAUAUCACCUAAUAUUUCGACUCGAGUGAUCAGUCACAUGAAACAAAUUAGACCAAUAUCUAUCGAGGAAAACUUGAGAUUGUGGAUACAACGAAUAGUGCACGAAACGGACGAAGUACGGUUGAAAGCCCUACUGUAUUUACAACAGUAUCUUUCAAAAAAUCGAGAUGGAAUUAACGUGCUCAUAUUAUCUGAUGUCAACGUUCACCCACUCAUUGUAGAAUUACUAGAUAGACUUAUGGCGGGAUGCCAAGAUAAAGACGACGCUAUACGUAUAGCAAGCGGCGACUGUAUUGGAGAACUAGGUGCAAUAGAGCCAAGCUUAUUGCCUAGAAGAAUUAUUUCUCGAGGAGAUACCAAGUUUAUUCCCGAUAUAAACCACGAAUUUGCUUAUGCGCUAUUCUGUGAACUCGUCAAAGAUUAUCAAUCGCAAAAAAGCACUCAAAGCAUGGAUUGUUUUUCAUUAGCCAUACAAGAAAUAUUAAAAGCGUACGGUAUAUCUCCUGGAGGUAGAAACUGCAAGAUAUGGAAUGAAUUACCUUCGAAAAUCAAACACAUGAUCUUUCCUCUACUCUCGUCUCAUUACCGAAAUAUGACUGUAGAUAAUGAAAUUCCGAUUUCAAGUCCAAUCUAUGGUUCUGAAUUAGGUUCUUCGUUUGAAAUGUGGGCUGCCAAUUGGAUAAUUACUAUGAUAAGAGGAAUAAAAGAUCCUGUGAUCAGCUGUGUUUUAAACGCCUGUCGUCCAGCUUUUAAACGAAACGUUAAAUUAAUAACUUUUUGUAUUCCUUAUCUCGUUUCAUACAUAGUAAUAAAUGGAUCGUUGACCGAUAUUCGAAAAUUGACCGCAGAAAUGUUAGCUGUAAUAGCAAUCCAAGAAAGAUCUCAAAUUGAUCGUGAACUUUCGCGUUAUCGACCAUUACGUGUCACAUUUGAUGUACAAUCAAAUAGUGAAAGAGUUUCUGAUGAAGCUAGACGAGUUCGUUGUUUACAGAUCAUUUUUUCUACGUUUGAUCAUUUGCAACGAUGGUUAAGAGAAAAGCGGAAAUCGCAAGAUGAAGCUUACAAAAAAAUUGAAAAAUUUUGUGAUGGUUUCCCAAAAUUACUAUUAGCCGAAGGUUGUUAUCAAUCCUACGAAUAUCAUAGGGCACUCAUAUAUCUAGAAGAACAUAUGACUGUUAGCAAAAAGGGAUUAUCGGAAUCAAGAGAAGCAGGUUUAUUAGCCAAAAUUUAUACGCAAUUAGAGGAACCUGAUGGAGUUUCUGGUAUUUUAAUUAGUCAAGAUCAAUCACCUACACUUCAACAAUUAGUAUUAGCCCACGAAGUUAACGGUCAAUUCCAGGAUGCUGCUACUUGUUACGAGAAAUUGCUGCAAAACGCGGGUCGAAAUCCUAAGUAUUUACACGGAAUGAUUCAGUGUCAUCUUGGCUUAAAUCAACCAUUUACAGCAUUAAAUUUAACUAAAGGAGUAUCGGAUAAUAGACCGGAGUUGGAAACUCUUAUAUGUGAUUCAGAGCCGUUUUGGCAGCUUGCUCAUUUCGGUAAAAUUGAAAGUGACUCAAAGAAAAAUAUCAAAUUUAAUUUACUUCAAGAUUUAAAAAACCGUAUAAAGCCUAAUAUACUAUCUAUAAAAAAGAAGUUAGUUUCACUAUUGACAGCAUCCUCUCGUCCAGGUGCAUACGAACAAAGUUAUUCGUACAUUAUUAAACUACACGUUGUGAAUGAAUUUGAAAAAGCGUGUUCUCUGAUGCUGGAGGAUUCUGAAAAUUUGCCGAUGAUAUUUGAUGAAUGGGAAAAACGGGACAAACUGAUAAACGCUUCGCGAGGUGCCGAAUUCAUCUGUGGAAUGCGAACAGCUAUAUUGGAUUUGGCUGUGCAAUUACAAGUGAAUUCGAAACCAGAAAAAAUUAUCAUCAAAGAAGAAAUUGGGAAGCUAUGGCUGAAAAGCGCGAAAAAUGCUAGAAAGGCUGGAUUAUAUCAACAAGCAUACAUGUACAUUUUAUAUGCUACAGACUUUUGCGCUCCACAAGAACUUUGCAUUGAACAAGCCAAACUGUACUGGCAAAAAGGCUCGCAUGAAGAAGCUCUUAUUACUUUGAAACGAUGUUUAGCGACGUAUUUCAAAUCAUCUGCAGAGUACAAGAAGAUGCCUCCUCUUACUGUUACGACCGAAAGAGAACAGUGUGCAAAGGCUAAGCUGCUAUGGGCGAAAUACAAUGAUGAAACGUUGAAUGUCGAUGCCAAUGGAAAUAUGACAAAUUAUAAAGAGGCAUUUGAAGUAUGGAGGCUCUGGGAGAAAAGUUGUCUUGCUAUUGCUCGUUAUUACGAGUCAGUAAUAGACAAAAUGAGCGACGAAGAGCGUAUGUCAUCGAGUGGUCGAGAACUACAAACGCAUAUAAUCAAUUAUUAUGGAAAAUCUUUGACGUGCGGUUGUAAAUAUGUUCAUCAGUCACUACCAAGAAUGAUAACAGUUUGGCUGAAUUAUGCCUCUCGGGCUAGGACACACUCUGCUUCGGAUAAUGGCAUUGCAAAAACUUUGGGUCAAAUGACAAAAAUUGUUGAAGUGUAUAUAGAAAAAGUACCUCUUUUUAUGUGGUUGACAGCAUUUAGUCAACUUGUAUCAAGAAUUUGCCAUCCAAAUCGUGAAGUUCAAAAUACACUCUUUACGAUUAUUGUUAAAUUGAUAAGAUCAUAUCCUCAACAUUGCCUGUGGAUGAUGGCCUCAGUAUUCAACUCUUCAUAUUCAGCACGACAAAAAUGUUGCAAAGAAAUUCUUAACAGAGAUGCACUUAAAACAACGGAAAUGAUAAAAUUAAUUCAUUGUUUUCAUAAAUUUUGGGAAAGACUUAUAGAAUUGUCAAACAAACACAUUCCUGAGGGACUGCAAACAACAACCGUCAAUGUACUUUCAAAAUCGUUGCCUCGUCUAUUAGCUGAUUCAGAUUUCGGACCGAUCAUGAUUCCAACAUCAAAGUUUAGACAGCUUCACUUACCGAUGAAAGGCGCAAAUAUGGAUCAACAUAAUCCAUUUGCCCCUAACUGGGUGAGCAUAAUUGGUAUUGAGGAACAGGUAGCAGUGAUGCCGUCCCUUCAACGUCCACGUCGAAUUGCCUUGCGAGGUUCUGAUGGCAACUGUUACUUGUUCAUGUGUAAACCGAAAGACGAUUUACGAAGAGACUUUCGAUUGAUGGAAUUCAACGAUAUCGUCAACAAGUAUCUUCAAAAGGAUCCGGAAUCUCGUCGGCGUCGUUUAUACAUACGUACUUACAGUGUGGUUCCAUUAAACGAAGAGUGCGGUUUGAUAGAAUGGGUGCCAAAUUUGAUGGGAUAUAGGGUCAUAAUCAUGAAUACGUACAAAGAACGAAAUAUGGCAACCGGUAUGAAACAAGUGAAAGCUUGGACAUGCGCAUUGAAAGAUCCAUUAGAAAAAAAACGACAAGUAUUUUUACAAAAACUUUUGCCAUGUCAUCCACCUAUAUUUGGCGAUUGGUUCCACUACGCCUUUCCGGACCCGUAUGGAUGGUAUGAAGCGCGAACUGCUUACAUUAGAACUACAGCUGUUAUGUCAAUGGUCGGCUACAUCCUAGGUCUGGGUGAUCGUCACGGAGAGAACAUUUUGAUUGACUCCAAGUGUGGAGAUUGUGUUCACGUUGAUUUCAAUUGCCUUUUUAACAGAGGCGAAACUUUAGAAUGGCCCGAGCGUGUACCCUUCCGUUUAACUCAUAAUAUGGUAGAAGCUAUGGGACCCCUGAAAUAUGAAGGACCUUUUCGACAAUCUUGCCGCACUACGAUGAAAGUUUUACGAGAACAAGCCAGCACACUUAUAAGUGUGUUGAAGCCAUUUGUUUAUGAUCCUCUUGUUAGCUGGAACAGGAAUCCACUUAGCGAUGCUGGUGAAAAAACUAAUGAAAAGGCUGUUGAACAUAUUAAAAGUAUAGAAGAUAGACUUAAAGGUAUGGUAGGAACACGAGGGAAAAGAUUGGAAGCUCUCACGCUGUACUUGAGUGUAGAAGGUCAAGUGAAUCAUCUGAUUUUAGAUGCUAUUAAUAUUGAUAAUCUGUGUCAAAUGUAUGUUGGUUGGGGGGCAUAUUUGUGAAACAUAGAGAUAAUUUUUUUGUACAGCCGUUU